UCUGUUGUUCACUGCGGUUUGGUUGUUGGUUGGUUAGUUGGUUGGUUGGCUGGGUUGGGUUGUUUACUUUGGGAAGCCUGAAAAUAUGUCUCUCUCUCUUUCGGCUUGUACUCUCUUAGCCCUUCUCACUUGGUUCACUACUUCUCUGCUUCUCUGUAAUGGCUUCCCUGCUUAUCAACACCACCACCACCACCCUCGCUUUGCUACACACAACUACAGAGAUGCUCUCACCAAAUCAAUCCUCUUUUUUGAAGGCCAGAGGUCAGGGAAGCUUCCUUCUAACCAGAGAGUUACCUGGAGGAGAGACUCCGGUCUCUCUGAUGGUACUGCAAUGCAUGUUGAUUUGGUUGGGGGCUACUAUGAUGCGGGGGACAAUGUGAAAUUUGGAUUUCCCAUGGCUUUCACUGUAACCAUGCUUUCAUGGAGUGUUAUUGAGUUUGGUGGGUUGAUGAAAGGUGAGCUGCAGCAUGCCAGAGAAGCCAUUCGUUGGGGUACUGAUUAUCUUCUCAAAGCUACUGCACACCCAGACACUAUCUAUGUUCAGGUGGGUGAUGCUAACAAGGACCAUUCUUGUUGGGAGAGACCAGAAGAUAUGGAUACAACAAGGACUGUUAUCAAGAUAGACAGUAACUCUCCCGGUUCUGAUGUGGCCGGAGAAACUGCUGCUGCUCUGGCUGCUGCUUCUUUGGUCUUCAGGAGAUGUGACCCAACCUACUCCAAGCUUUUGGCCAGGAGGGCUAUGAGGGUGUUCGAGUUUGCUGACAAAUACAGAGGAGCUUACAGCAAUGGGUUAAGGAAAUAUGUCUGUCCAUUCUAUUGCUCUUACUCUGGUUACCAGGACGAGCUGCUGUGGGGUGCUGCUUGGCUGCAUAAAGCCACCAAGAACCCAAGGUAUCUGAACUACAUUCAAGUUAAUGGACAAACCCUCGGAGCUGCAGAGUUUGAUAACAUCUUUGGGUGGGAUAACAAGCAUGCUGGAGCAAGGAUUCUUCUUUCUAAGGCAUUUCUGGUUCAGAAGGUACAGUCCCUCCAUGAUUACAAGGGUCAUGCAGAUAAUUUCAUUUGUUCUCUCAUUCCAGGGGCGUCAUUUUCUUCAUCCCAAUACACUCCAGGAGGACUUCUGUUCAAAAUGAGUGAUAGCAACAUGCAGUAUGUUACCUCCACUUCAUUCUUGCUCUUAACAUAUGCCAAGUAUUUAACCUCCUCUCACAUGGUUGUUAACUGCGGCGGUACAACUGUAACUCCAAAGAGGCUCCGGGCCAUUGCCAAGAAACAGGUGGACUACUUGCUUGGUGACAACCCAAUGAAGAUUUCAUACAUGGUGGGGUAUGGUCCAAGGUACCCACAAAGGAUACACCAUAGGGGAUCAUCGCUGCCGUCCGUUGCUGCACACCCAGCCAAGAUCCAAUGUUCUUCAGGCUUCAGUUUUUUGAACACUCAAUCUCCCAACCCCAACAUCCUAAUUGGAGCAGUUGUUGGUGGGCCUGAUCUGCAUGAUAGGUUCCCAGAUCAACGGUCAGAUUAUGAGCAAUCAGAGCCAUCCACUUACAUGAACGCACCCCUUGUAGGAGCACUAUCAUACCUUGCUCACUCAUUUGGCCAGCUCUAAGCCUAAUAUCCUCUCCAUCUCCAACUUAUUAGUAACUUUAGCAAAUAUAGGAACUCGUUUAAGUUGUUAAUUAGCUCUUCUGUGAAUGUGCACGAGGCGGGCAAUAGAGUCAAGACCUAAGGGCUCGAGCCCCAAACCUUGAAGCACAGUGGUCAAGGGGUUAUUUUUAAUAUUAUUAUUGACAGAUUUAGCGGAUGUUGUGAGCGUAAGUGUCGUGACAAGAACGGUGUUUGUAAGA